CUCCAUUUCCAUUGAGAGAGAGAGAGGUAGGCUCCUUGGCAUCAAUCUACCAGUCUUCUUCUUCAUUGUUCUGGGAUUUAUAUUCCUUUAAGCUUUUUUUUUUUUGGUUGUUCUCUACGGCUAAUAAAACCCUACGGUUCAUACAAGUUGUUCCUUUUUUUUCUUUUUUCUUCGCUUAGGGUUUGUCUAAUCUCCUAAUCUCAUUUCUCUCCGCCAAGACCCGCAUCGGCAAAUAUUAUAUAGUGUCCCAACCAAGUGGGGGAUUGGUUCUUUACUGCAGAGAUUUUUAGGGUUUUCAAUGACUUAUAAUGAAGAAGAUGAUCGCCGUGAGGUAGUGCCGGAGCUGGGUUUGAGAAUUGGUGGAGGGGAUAACAAUGGGGACUAUGUGAAAUUGAAAAAGGGACCGGAUGAAGUUGAAUUGGAGGAGGGUUUGGAUGUUUCGGUGGUGGAACCCUCUUCCCCAAGAAGAGGAUGCUUUUGUUAUUGGCUUCGGUUUGUGUUGUUGCUUGGGUUCUUGGGGUUGUUAGUUGGGGUUUUUAUCAAAUGGGUCGGACCCUUUUUAUUGGAUAAGGAGAUUAUUCCUAUUUUAAAUUGGGAGACAUCAACAUUCAGCGCUCCAGUGCUUGGAGUUCUGGUUUUUGCUUCAGUGGCAAUAUUUCCCACGAUGCUUCUACCAUCUACACCAUCCAUAUGGGUGGCUGGAAUGACUUUUGGUUAUGGUUAUGGAUUUUUACUUAUCAUUCUAGCAUCAUCUAUUGGCAUAUCUCUUCCAUAUUUUAUCGGUUCUCUCUUCCGUCAUAAGAUUCAGGGAUGGUUGGAUAAAUAUCCAAAGAGAGCUUCAGUUCUAAGAUUAGCUGGCGAAGGAAACUGGUUUCAUCAAUUUCGAGCUGUAACUCUAAUAAGGAUUUCUCCAUUCCCUUACAUCAUAUACAAUUACUGUGCUGUGACAACAAAUGUUAAGUAUGGUCCUUACCUAUUUGGUUCAUUGGUUGGAAUGGUGCCUGAAAUAUUUGUGGCUAUUUACACUGGGAUCUUGAUAUUGACUCUGGCAGACGCUUCACAUGAGCAGCAUGGCCUUUCGGCCCCUCAGAUUAUCUUUACUGUCAUUGGCUUUUGUGCCACAGUGGCUACCACAAUUUUUUUCACAGUGUAUGCAAAAAGGCAGCUUAAGGAAUUACAGAUGGAAGAUGAACUACUUUUGCGUUAAGCUUUUGGUCUAGUACAAGUCCCAGCUAACCCAUCUAGUAUAUGAUCCAAGCCAUAGCUUUAUAUGCACUGGGCUUGGCAGGUGAAGUUUCAUUAUUUUAACAACUUCAUCUAUGGGACAUUUAAUUUUGUCGUUGUGGAAUAGAAACAUUAUGGAAGGGGCUAACAUGAUUGACAAUUUGACGUCUUAUUUGAAUACCACGGUUUCUUUCAUCCCUGAAAGGAGCAUCUACCUUAUUCCUCUUUCUCCCCUUCUUCCCCAACCAUUCACUCCUUUCUCUUUCUAUUGUUAAUUGUAUAUGAUUGAAAUAUGUCCUCUUUUUAGGAGGAUUGGAUUGGUUUUGGACAAUAUUCUUGGCUGUAAAUAAUAAAUGAGUGUUGAUAUAUUAUAGAUUA